CUAUAACCACCACUCAGCACCUCCAGCAGAUGGAGAGUGCCACGGCGGGACAACCCGGGAGGCUCGGCAGAUGGACGGGGCCGGCUGUUGAGCACCCAACGCAAUUGAUGACAACAAUACAAUUACAGCAACAAUCCCCGCGUCAAAGGACACAGCCCACACAGCUGGAGGCCACUAUGCCCAAGCAACGCCCUCAGGGGCAAGGACAACCUCAAUCUCAAGGGGGUGAUCUGACGCAAGCCCAAGCUUUGCUGUACCAGCAGCAUACGAAGAGCGCCACAACAGGACAGCCACAGAGGGAGGGGGCACAGCUUCUACCAGCAGCUAACACAGAUGGGGCACAACUGCAGCUGAUGGAGUUUACUGAGCCCGUGCCCUGUCUGCAGCACACGGGGAGCACCACAAUAGGAAAUCCACAGAGAGAGGCGUCACAGACUCCACCACCAGGACAGCUGCACAAACCGUCAGAGGUGGCCAUGGCCCCGCCAAAGGUCGACACAAUGCAGAACACACCGGUUGCUGCUUGCUCCGAACCUUGUCGUCAAGGGGCAGAGGACCCUCAACAGCAAGCCGAGAGGCAACGGCGACAGGUGGAGAAUGCCCUGAUGGGGCAACUCAUAGGGGAGGGGACACAAGUGUUGUUACCUGCUAUCGCUGAUGGGACUCAGCUGAUGCUGGCCGCAGGGCAUCACCAGCCGAGGCUAGCUGCUGACACUGGAGGGCCAGGGCCACAUCUACUGCAAACUGAGUCCACCAUGUCUCUGCCCAGUCCUCAAGGGGAUCAGCUGUACAAAAGGCCAGUAGAGUCCAUGGCCCCGAUAAAGGAGGACUCAAGGCUGCACCCGCCGCCUCUACCUGCCAAUGCCGGAGGGUCUCAUCUACUGCUAACUAAAUCUACCAUGCCUCUACCAUGUCCACAGGGGGGACAUCUGUGCCAACUGCCAGCAGAGGCCAGGGCUUCGCUAAAGGAGGACACAAGGCUGUGCCCCCCGCUGCUGGCUACCAAAACCGGAGGCUCACAGCUGGAGCUAACAGAAUCCACAAAACCUUUACCCUGUCCCGCCCCCCCUGAACCUCUAUCGCGAGGGGAUGACGCACAGCGUCAGCAAGCUGUGUCCGCCCAACAGACACAGCUGUUGCUAGGGGCGACCACCAGGUCCGUGCCCCGUCCUCAGGAGGGUCAAUGUCAGAGACCGCCAGCUGCGAUCACCGGACCUGUGUCCCGUCCUCCGGGGGGCCAGCUGCAGAGACCGCCAGCAGAGACCACGGCCCCUCGAUCCAACCGAACAGUGAAUGAACAGUUAAGGCCUGGGGAACUGGUGGUACUGGAGGGAACGCAGGUAACAGGCAUUAGCUCCCAGUGUGGCCGCCAGUGCCAAGACUGGUCGGAAAGACCAGGCUCCGCCCGGGGGUCGGCAGAGGACAAACAAGCUGCAGUCGGUCCAGAGGUAGUUGCUGCCAAAGGGGCGGAGUCGGGGACCACGACAAUCACCCCCCACAACAAACUGCUGAGGUCGCCGACAAUGCCUAAACAACCGAGUGGAGUAAAUAAGAUACAGAGGUACGUCUAUCUGCAAAACAUGGCCAGACGAUUGAAGAACCUGUUUCCAAAAGAAUCGUCGUUCAAUACACACCGUCAGCAGCACCCGCGGGCGGAGAAUGUGCAACCACGAUUUCCAGUCCCCCAAUCCAGGCAGGCCGAUCAGGUCGACCAGGCCGUAGUCAGCCUGGUGCAACUGCCAGGGUUGACACAGGGACAGUCACAAGAUGGCCAGACACAAGCACAGAUGCGGCAACUAACAAACACGGACACCUACAAGCUGCAGCAGGGACCCAUGCCCACCACUACCAGCAAAUGCUUAGAGAGCAAGAGCAGGCGGAAAUCGAACUACAAGAAGCUGUGGCCCUGCGAAGGGCGAGGCAUCGGAAUCGGAUACGGACAGCAAAAUUGAAAUGGGUGCUGCCAUAAUAGGGGAAGAAGGUGUAGGACCCCGAAACCCUCAAAGGAGCAUUGAAUCAUCCGAGGGUGCAGCCCUCACACAAGA